UGUCAGUUCCAGUAGUGAGUUAAGAAACGUGGCCUUAGUAAAGAGACUCAGAGGGAUCCAGAGCACAGGUUGAGGCAGGGGAAGACUCUUGUAAAGCAAACGAAACACUGUAGCACCGGCACACCUGAGAAACAGGCGCAGAAAUGGCCGAAGUUGACCAGGGCUCGGCUUUCCCCGGCGAGGCUGCACCGCCAGCGAUUGACAGCCUCAAUGCCACCGACCCGAACGGGACCGACUCGACUAACGCAACGGUAGCCAAGUUCGUCUCCACACCGGAGGGUACAGCGUUGGCUUACGGGAGUCUGGUCUUAAUGGCCCUGCUACCAAUUUUCUUUGGAGCUCUGCGAUCCGUCAACUGCGCAAAGGGCAAGAACUCCUCGGAUAUGCCGGAGACGAUUACAAGCCGAGAUGCUGCCAGGUUCCCCAUCAUUGCCAGCUGCACCCUCUUUGGAUUAUAUCUUUUCUUCAAAAUAUUUUCUGAAGAAUACAUAAACAUGCUGUUAUCGAUGUACUUCUUUGUGCUGGGUAUUUUGGCACUGUCACACACUAUCAGUCCAUUCGUGAACAGGCUGUUCCCUGCAAACUUUCCCAAUAAGCAGUACCAGCUGCUCUUUACCCAAGGAUCUGGGGAAAGCAAAGAGGAAAUUGUCAAUUAUGAAUUUGACACCAAAGACCUUUUGUGCCUUUGCUUCAGUAGCGUGGUUGGAGUUUGGUACAUUCUCAAGAAGCACUGGAUUGCCAACAAUCUCUUCGGUUUGGCUUUUGCUCUGAAUGGAGUUGAGCUGCUUCAUCUCAACAAUGUCAGCACUGGCUGCAUCCUGUUGGGAGGACUCUUUGUCUAUGACGUGUUCUGGGUAUUUGGGACCAAUGUUAUGGUGACUGUGGCCAAGUCCUUUGAAGCCCCAAUUAAACUGGUUUUCCCUCAAGAUAUUUUGGAGAAGGGGCUUGCAGCCAAUAACUUUGCAAUGCUGGGACUUGGUGAUAUCGUUAUUCCAGGUAUCUUUAUUGCAUUGCUCCUGCGUUUUGAUGUCAGCUUGAAUAAGAAUUCCCGUACCUAUUUUUACACUGGUUUCCUUGCCUAUGUCUUUGGACUGGGUCUGACUAUCUUUGUCUUGCACACCUUUAAAACCGCCCAGCCUGCCCUUCUGUACCUGGUCCCAGCCUGCACCGGGCUGCCGUUCUUUGUUGCUCUGGUUAAGGGAGAACUGACUGAAAUGUUCAGCUAUGAGUCUUCUGCUGAGGUCUUGCCGCACACUCCAAGGCUCUCCCACUUCCCCACUAUCUCCGGCUCUCCUGCCAGUCUCGCUAACUCAAUGCAGCAAAAACCCUCCUCUCCCCGUCGUCGGCACCACAACCCCACCUCUAUGUAGCGCCCAGAAAAGAGCCAGAUGUAAUUCGCUGGUCAGGUAUGAAGAAACCCCCCCUGAAUCCAAGGAAGUAAAAGAGACAGAGAAGAAAGUGAACUAACUGUCCUCACAAAACUUCAGUGCCUCUUUCCUGCCUGCCAGUUUCACACCCCUUUCUGAUGAAGUGCAUUAUUUCUUUUGCGGAUGUGUUUUUGUUGUACAAGGAAACUACAAAUUCAUAUUUUAAAUUACCUUUAUUUAAUCAGCUAUUUUGUAACUUUUUUUUUUUUAAUAAUGUGGAAGAGUUUCAGUGCCUGUGUAUUCCUUUUUUUAUUUAAAUGUAUUCUGUCUAGCCUGGUUAUUUGAUGGAUGUGUCAUUUUUACAAAGGCUAGAAUUUUUUUUUUUUUUUUUCCCUCUGAGGUACAGAAUGUAAUUUCCUUGUUUACCAAAGACGUCAAGGAAGACAAACCUAUUAUUUUUUUUAAGCUUAUUUUAUACACACUGUAUAAAUCUAUCUAACUUCUUAUGGUACAUAUUUCUCCUCCCUCAUCCUUUUUUGUUCAAAUACAAUUUACAUUUGAAACUGACUGCAUUACUGUCAGCCAGAGAGAGAGAGAGAGCCCUUGGGUAUGGAUGUACAGAGCACUGACCGGUCAGCGUUUGGGGAUUCUACAUAUUUGUCUCAUUUUGUAUGUUUUUAUGGUCUUAUCUAAAGCAAAUAAUACCUUUCACAGCUAGAUCUCCUGUUCUCUUAAACUUGUUCCCAGGACUGCAGAGGCAACAGCAUUGGCCUAGAAUCAUUUAGGGUUUCAUUCAUAGUAGACUAGAUUAAUAAUCUUUGUCAUUGAAAGUGCAUAUUAAAGUGAGAGACUUUUUAAUUUUAUAUAUAACUAGUAACUUUUUUUUAUAUCUACAACUAGUAAUUAAUGAUACUGUUAGUGUUAUCAGUUUUAUUGUUUAGAUAAUAUUUAUGUAUUUAAAACAGUAGUUGAAAGAAAGGUAAUGCAGACUAUUGCUGUAUAUUGGACCAAUAGAAAGACCCGUUUUAUUUUUUGUUUUGUAUGUGAUGCUUGCCUGUCUGCUUGCUUGUUCUCGUGAAUGUUACAUGUUUACUGACAAGGGGUUGUUUGUACAUUUGCACUGUACAGUAAUAAAAUGGAUGUUUCCAGAGAAAGGGUCCUUGUUUUCCAGCAUGAGUUAAUCUUGCGUGUAGAAGUUUACAUGGCGUUUAUAGAGCCCCCCCCCCCCCAUUGAGUAGCACAAACAGUGUUUUAUGUAAUGUAAUUUUAAA